UCGAGGUGGGCCUUGUGUUUGGUUUGUAAAGGCGCGUUACCCAACAGCGUGCGUCUAGUCAAGAAUGAGGAAAGACGUGUAGCUCCUGCCGGACUGCGCGCGGAGAAAAUCAGGGGAAACAACUCAUCUAAACACCGCUAACUUUUCCACCCUCACUCCAACAUGGACCAUCUACCGCACCGCUGUCUCUUCGCGCUGUUUUUACUCUCUUUUACGCACGGCAUUUUGGGGUCCAACAUCUGCACGUCGCGGGGGGUGACCACGUGCCGUCAGUGCCUCGCCAUAGAUCCGAGCUGUGCCUGGUGCUCUCAGGAGGAGUUUGGUAAAGGAGGGUCUGGUGCUUCUCGCUGUGACUUGAAGACAAACCUGAUGAAACUGGGCUGUAGCGCUGACUCUGUAGAGUUUCCUUUGAGCUCAGUGGACAUACAGCAGGACUCUCCUCUCAGCGAUAAAGCCUCUGGGGGCACUGUCACUCAAGUACGACCUCAGAAACUACGCAUGACACUGCGGCCAGGUGACAGUAAAAAAUUCACAGUAUCCGUUAAGCAAGUGGAGGACUACCCUGUGGACCUGUAUUACCUCAUGGACCUGUCCUAUUCCAUGAAGGACGAUCUGGCCAAACUCGUUACCCUCGGCAGCGAACUGGCCCAGGCCAUGGGGAAAAUCACCAGUAACCUCCGGAUGGGCUUUGGGGCAUUUGUGGACAAGACCACGUCCCCGUACAUGUACAUGUUUCCCCCUGAAGCAAUCGACAACCCCUGCAUCGGCAUCAGUGAAACGUGUGAGGCUCAGUUCGGCUUUAAGCACGUGCUCCCCCUGACGGACAAAGUGGCCCGUUUCACUGAGGAGGUGGCGAAACAGCAGGUGUCCAGGAACAGGGACUCUCCAGAGGGGGGCUUCGACGCCAUCAUGCAAGCUGUGGUGUGCAAGGAACAAAUUGGCUGGCGUGCAGAUGCCUCACACUUGCUGGUUUUCACGACAGACGCUAAAACUCACAUCGCUCUGGACGGACGAAUCGCAGGCAUUGUCCAACCCAAUGACGGACUGUGUCACCUUGACAGCAACAACAUCUACAACAAAACUACUGUGCUGGACUACCCCUCUUUGGCUCAAAUGACUGAGAAAAUAUCUGAAAACAAUAUUAAUCUGAUUUUUGCCGUGACUAGUUAUGUGGUGUCUCUGUACAAGGAGUACAGUCAGCUGAUUCCUGGGACCACUGUGGGAACGCUCGAGUAUGACUCUGGAAAUGUUAUAGGGCUCAUUCAGGAGGCAUAUACGAAAAUCCGAUCUAAGGUGGAGCUGGAUCUUGUUGACGUUCCAGAGGAGUUGAAUUUGGCUUUUAACGCCACCUGCCUCAAUGGAGAGAUCAUUCCUGGAGUCCGAUCCUGCUCCGGACUGAAAAUAGGAGACACUGUUUCUUUCAGCGUGGAGGCUCAGUUGCGCUCUUGCCCCAAAGAGAAAAGCCACACCUUCAAAAUCAAACCUCUGGGCUUUAAAGACUCCCUGGAGAUAACAAUGGACUUCGCCUGUGACUGUGAAUGUGAAGCCAGCGCCCAGCCCGACAGCGCCCUCUGCAGUCAGGGCAAUGGCACGUUCGAAUGUGGCAUUUGCAAGUGUAACCAGGGCAGACUGGGACCCCACUGCGAGUGCUCGGUGGAGGACUACAGCCCCUCAGACGAUGCCAACUGUAUCCCCAAAUCUGGUGGUCCCAUGUGCAGCGGAAGGGGGGACUGUCUGUGUGGCCAGUGUGCCUGUCAUUCAAACGAAGCUGGACAAGUGUGGGGGCGAUACUGCGAGUGUGAUGAGUUCAACUGUCUCCGCUACAAGGGGGCGCUGUGCUCGGAUCAUGGAAAGUGUGACUGUGGAUUCUGCCAGUGUGACGCAGGCUGGAAGGGGGAGAACUGUAACUGCACCACACGCACAGACACCUGCAUGUCCCACAUCGGGCUCCUGUGUAGCGGGCGGGGCAACUGUGAGUGUGGUGUGUGUCAAUGCACCCAGCCUGGAGCGUACGGAGCCACAUGUGAGAAGUGCCCUACCUGCCCCGACUCCUGCACCAUCAAACAGCAGUGUGUGGAGUGUCAGCAUUUCAAGAGAGGACAGUACAUCGAAGAUAACAGCUGCAACCGGAUCUGCAGAGAUGAAAUUAAAGUUGUGGACAAUUUAGGUGAAGCGAUUGGAGUAGUUUCUCAGGACAGUAACGCGGUGAACUGCUCGUACAAAGAUGAAAAUGACUGCGUGCAGCACUUCCAGUACUACGAAGACGAAAGUGGCAAAUCCAUUCUAUACGUGGUCAAAGAGCCAGUUUGUCCGGAGGGCCCUGAUACAUUGGUGGUGUCUUUGGCUGUAGCUGGGGCCAUUCUGCUGCUGGGGCUCAUUGGACUCCUUAUUUGGAAACUUCUGAUCACCAUCCACGACCGGCGCGAGUAUGCAAAGUUUGAGGAGGAAAAGGCCAAAGCUAAAUGGGACACGGCUCACAACCCCUUAUAUAAAGGAGCCACUUCCACCUUCACAAAUGUAGCGUACCGAGGCAAUUAAGACAUUUUGUGCAGUGAAAUCUCAGGGGUCAAGACUCGAUGGAUGUAAAAACAGAAAACACGUGGGAAGAGGAUGUCAUGUGACUACUGGAGCUGAACUGUAGAAGAAAUGUAUAUGUGUUUGUGUUAAUUGUACAUUUUGUAAAAAGAAAUGUUCAAGGCACAAUAUGUGACAUCUCGGUUGGGGGUCCAUCGCCUGCUUGGAUAUGUCAUUGCUCUGCCCAGAAUAUUCCACAGUAUGACAUAAAAGAGUACUACUUUACAUUUAUUAUAUUAUAGGUGGUUUUAUUGUUCAAAAAUACAUAGAAAAUCAGGUAUUCUCACUGUGAGUGGGGUUGUCUCUCCAUAGAUCUGACCUAUAAUUUAGCCUGCUUUGGUCUCCAUGAAGAUAGAAAGGUUUAAUAUCGUACUGUGAAACAUUCCAGACAAAGCAAUAAAAGCAUAUGGUGGACGCUCCAUCAGAAAAGUACAAUGUAGCUUUAAAAUGCCAACAACUGCUGUUCACAAUGUGCACUCUUAUUGGAGUUUAACAGUGCUUUAGUUUACAAAGAGGGUGUAAAGACAUUCAAGACUAUUUGAAAGUUUUCUAUCAAUGCUUUAUAUGCUAGUUUGUUAUAUUUCUUUUGAAUCAUUAUGAGUGUUUGGCCUUUUCCAAUGUAUACAGUCACUGGAGACAGGUUGUUGUUAAGUGCCUUGCCCAAUGACGCAACAGUAGUAAGCACUGGUGGGAGAUGGAAGCAAACCUCUAACCAUAAUUCUGCUAAAAUGUACAGUCUGUAGGCGUGGAUUGGUGGAUUGGUAAAAUACCCCCUGUACAUGUGGGUGUAUAGUUGACUGUCUCUUUCCACCGUCUUUUUUCCAAAAUGGAUAAAAGUUUUAGAUGUAAAUUAAUUUUAGUUCUGUUCACUUUAUUUUGGAAGUUGCCGCGUCCGUGCGUCACUCGGGUUGUAUUAUUUUACAUUGUUGGUGCACAUGAACAUUGAAUAUUUUACACAAAUCAACCUACUCUAUGUCAUAUUUUAGCUGCAAAACGUUUCCCAAAAUUCUCCAACUCUGAAAUGAAUGUGAUCCUGUUUAAUCUCUAGUGCCACCACAAGGUGUUGGAGCAUUUAGAGACAAAAGUGGGUGGGUCCGUUUAAGGUGAAUAACAACAGUUUACACAGACAGUCUGUAAAGAACUGUGAAAAAGCUGAUCAAAUCUAAGACAAAUCCAACUGUUGCAAUAAUAUUUAAGCCUAUAUGCAGUGUUGAGAAGUAACUAAAUACAUGUAUCAAAAAUAUUUCUCUCACACUUAUUUUGAGUCAACUGUUUCCAGUACAGUUACUCUUUCAUUUGGUGGUAUUCAGAAUAGAAUUAAAAUUAAAACUCAAUGCAAUCUAGGCUUCGAUCUGCACAGUAUUAGUAAGGGGAAAAAAGUACAUUGCUCUAAUGGUGAGUGGGUGAAGCAUUUGCAUAUUUUUCUUCUCUAAUUAGUGAUAAAUGCACAGAAAACAGUGAAACAAACACAAAGUUGUUUUAAACCUAUGUUGUGUUUUUAAAGUGAAAGAAGUCUAUGCAUUUAGAAUUCAGCAUUCUGAUUGGACCAUUUUUAUGCAAGUUUUCAGUAUUCUGUAACUGAAUACAUUUUACAAAGAGAUUAUAACUUAUUUUGUCAGACAGUAACGCGAUGUUGCACUGUUUAGUUUUCAUUGCACAAGAAACAUCAAGUACAAACCUGUAAAUUAUAAGGUUGCUGUUGUGUUAAGUUACUUCUUGGUAUCAGGGGAUGUUUUCCGUGCAUUUGAGCUUCAUGAAACUUUUCUCAGGAUCUGACUCAUUUCACCAUCACAGCCUGUUUUGCACCAUAUGAUAAGUGGAAAGAAGCUUGUACAAAGUAGGUUGUCAGUCAAUUACUUCAAAGAAUUGUGACGUUACCUUAUGAUGUCUAUCGUGACCAACUAGGUGUUUGUGGUUGCUGUGUCCGCUUCACACUCUCAUUUUCUUUGUCACUUCAAAUAAAACAGUUUUUUUGCCAUUUUAUUGAAA